AUAACUCAUUAAUGUCUUCCAUGGUAGUGCCCCAUUGCAUAACCACCAGUAGGCCCCACCUCAAACCAUGAUAGUAGGUGAUCAGUAUUCCAUAAACUGUACACACUCAAACCAAAUGAAAUCAUAGCACAGUCUUCCUUCCAACACAUACACUCUUUUUGCUUUAUCACAGAGCUUUGGCACUUGGCAUUUGAUCAGGUUAUUCUAUACCAUCAGAUCAGACCACUCAAAAGUUAUCCUUGAUUGAGCACAAUCUAUAUUCUUUACAGAGCCGUAUUCCUGGUAUGUUUGAUGACUACAGCUAUGACUCCACUGCUUCCACAGAUGACUACAUGAAUUUCAACUUCAGUAGUAGCUUCUUCUGUAAGAAAAACAAUGUCAGGCAGUUUGCGAGCCAUUUCCUUCCACCUCUGUACUGGCUUGUGUUCAUUGUGGGUACCCUGGGCAAUAGCCUGGUUAUCCUUGUCUACUGGUAUUGCACAAGAGUGAAGACCAUGACUGACAUGUUCCUUUUGAAUUUGGCAAUUGCUGAUCUGCUCUUUCUUGCUACUCUUCCCUUUUGGGCUAUUGCUGCUGCUGGCCAGUGGACAUUCCAGACCUUCCUGUGCAAGGUUGUGAACAGCAUGUACAAGAUGAACUUCUACAGCUGUGUGCUACUCAUCAUGUGUAUCAGUGUGGACAGAUACAUUGCCAUUGUACAGGCCAUGAAGGCUCAGAUCUGGAGGCAGAAAAGGCUGCUGUAUAGCAAGAUGGUCUGUAUUAGUAUCUGGGUGAUGGCAGCUGUGCUCUGCACCCCAGAAAUCCUGUACAGCCAAAUCAGUGGGGAAUCUGGCAUUGCCAUCUGUACCAUGGUCUACCCUAAGGAUAAGAAUGCCAAGCUGAAAUCAGCUGUCUUGAUCUUGAAGGUCACCUUGGGGUUUUUCCUUCCCUUUAUGGUCAUGGCCUUCUGCUACACUAUCAUCAUUCAUACCCUGGUACAGGCCAAGAAGUCAUCCAAGCACAAAGCCCUAAAGGUGACCAUCACUGUCCUCACUGUCUUCAUUAUGUCUCAGUUCCCCUACAACUCCAUUCUUGUAGUGCAGGCUGUUGAUGCCUACACCAUGUUUAUCUCCAAUUGCACUAUUUCCACCAAUAUUGACAUCUGCUUCCAGGUCACUCAGACCAUUGCAUUCUUCCACAGUUGCCUGAACCCAGUUCUCUAUGUUUUUGUGGGUGAGAGAUUCCGCCGGGAUCUCAUGAAGACCCUGAAGAACUUGGGAUGCAUUAGCCAGGCCCAGUGGGUUUCAUUCACAAGAAGAGAGGGUAGUUUGAAGCUUUCUUCCAUGCUACUGGAGACAACUUCGGGGGCUCUUUCCCUCUGAAAG